AUGUCCACAGGUUUGCCUCCUCCUGAAACGCAAGAAGCAUGCUCUGUUUCUCUUCGUCAGCUUAUGGUCAAUGAAGGACUUAUUCCAUCUCCUGAAGAUGACGAGAAACGAAGAAUCAUUAUUCUUAUACUACAAAGGAUAGUUGUGAGAUGGGUUAGGAUCAUUGCUUGGAAACGACGUCUUCCUCAACAUCAUAUUGAUGCUACCAACGCCACCAUUAUACCUUAUGGCUCUUAUGGUCUCGGGGUUCAUGGUUCUGAUUCAGACAUUGACGCUUUGUGCAUUGGUCCUUUCUUUGCAACUAUAUCUGAGGAUUUUUUCAUAGACUUGCGUGAUCUGUUGAAAAGUAGAACCGAAGUUUCAGAGGUUCAUUGUGUUAAAGAUGCUAAAGUUCCUCUCAUCCGCUUCAAGUUUGAUGGCAUUUUGGUUGAUCUUCCAUACGCUCAGCUUCGACUCUUAUCAAUCCCAAACGUUCGUUUCUCAACAACUCUCUUAAGUUAUAUUGUUCAGACUCUGAAUGGUUUUUUAACUGCGAGUGUUUUUCAGAAUGUAGAUGUGCUGAAUCCUUUCUUCUUGAGAGGUAUUGAUGAGACAAGUUGGAGAAGCUUAUCUGGAGUUCGCGCAAAUCAAUGCAUACUUCAGAUAGUACCUUCCGUUGAGUUGUUUCAGUCAUUGCUGCGGUGUGUGAAACUAUGGGCAAAGAGGCGUGGUGUAUACGGUAACUUGAAUGGGUUCUUUGGGGGAGUUCAUAUGGCUAUUCUUGCUGCGUUUGUUUGUGGAUAUAACCCCAACGCUACGUUGAGUUCCCUUGUGGAUAGCUUCUUCAACACGUUUGCUUAUUGGCAAUGGCCUACACCUGUGGUGCUGUUAAGGGAUGCUUAUGCAGCUACUGGCUCUCCUCCAGGAUUUAUGCCUAUCCAAUUGCCGUGUGGUGGAAGUCAGUACUGUAACUCCAACGUAACGAGGAGCACGUAUUGCAAGAUCAUGUCAGAGUUUAUCCGGGGUCAUCAUUUGAUGAAGGGUUACUUGAAACCUAGCUUUAACUGGAAGAGUUUGUUUGAGCCUUAUCCUUAUGCAACCACGUACGCUUGGUUCGUUAAGAUACACCUCUCUGCUUCUAAUCAGGAAGGUUUCAGUGAUUGGGUUGGUUGGGUUAAGUCACGUUUCCGCUCUCUUCUUAUCAAAAUAGAGGAAGUCUUUGGCCUUUGUGAUCCAAACCCAAAAGAGUAUUUGGAAGCCUGUGAAAAGCAGCCGAACAUUGUAUUCUACUGGGGGUUACAUCUCAGAAACAUAAAUGUUUCAGACAUUGAAUCCGUGGAGAAAGACUUUCUGAAGAAUGUCAACAGAGGAAGUUUUCAGGGAGCAGUUGGUAUAAUCAAGUUAUCAGUUGUGCAAGCCUCUCACCUGCCUAAGAAUGUUGAGUGUGAUAGAAGCAACAGAAGCAAGAAGGUGACUAGGACGUGUUGGAGAAUCCGGGAAGAUAAGCAGUGCAAUAACACACGUGGUUACUCAAGGCAUUUGCCUGGUUAUGUGGUUGGGUGUGAGAAGAUGAAUAACAGAGAGGCUGGGAGUACUGAUGUUAAGUGUUAGGUCGUGUCCGUGAUGAUAGUUCUGCUUCUUGUAAACACUUUGGUUUUUUAGUUUUAGGUCUUAAAUUGUGUGUCAAUGAUUGAAGGAAAGAAACUAGAUUGACUAGUAACUCUCUGAUUUGUUGUAAGUUGUCUCUUGACUAAUGCAAACUGUUUGCAAAAGAAGGUUCUUU